UAAAGUCGCUAGGUUAAAGACCAACGACCAACCAAGAUCAAGUUAACGUUAACGGUUGUGAUGCGUUAGCACGCUGUUGCAAGCUAAUACUACUCAAUCUAUUGACUGCGUUAGCGCAUCCAGAACCAAUCACAGUGGAAAAACACGGAGAACCGACUCCAGGCACGUUUGGCUCGGCUCUCAGCGACGCUGACCGAGAGGCGAUCCCGACUCCGAGACGCGCUGGACUCGAUUCUUCACAUCGAUGUUUACAGCUGUAGGUUAGCCAGUUAGCUAACGGACGUCUGUGACACAUAGUGGCCUUGUAAGGUAAACAGCUUGCUUUCAUAAAACAGAGGAGACCGAUAACUAAUGGCGUCCAGGAGAAAGCCGUCCAAGGCCUCAGCCUCUCAACCGAAAGCCCCACUUCGUCGUUGGGAAGAGGCGCACGAUGAAGAUUACUGUAACCCGGAAAAACUGCUUGUGUGCCCCUACGACCCAAACCAUCAAAUCCGGGCCUGUCGCUUUCCAUACCAUCUCAUCAAGUGCAGGAAGAACCAUCCUGAGUUGGCCAGUCAACUAUGGACGUGCCCGUUUAAUGCCCGUCACCUCAUGCCCAGGCACGAGCUAUCCCAUCACAUGUCUAACUGUGUGGAUAGGUGUUCUGUUAAUACCGAGUAUGUGGAAAGUGCUGAGAGCCAGCACAUAUUUCAAGUUCCUGUCAACACCUGGACAAUUCCUGUUUGUGAUGAAGACUGGGACCAAGAGGAGAACGAGACAGCAACACCAGCAGCACCUUUUGUCUGGGGACUUUCAACCUCACAACUCGGCCAAGAUAGGACUGAUCAAGCUGUGACUAACCGUUUGACCUCCAGUCUCAGAGCACCAAGAGUUCUGCCCUGGAACUUUGACAAAUAAAAGAUGAGUUCUUUUCUCUAAAGCACUAUA